UUUUUGUUUUGCUCUCCGCAUUCCUGUUUUCGGUCUGACUAUUCGCUGGCAUACUGUGCUUGGCUUUGUGCGACUCACGGGAGUAAUUAAUUGACAAGUUGUUAAACAUAUUUAUGAAGUACGGGCCGGCAUUUAAAUUAUCCGUGUUCGGAGCUAAAAAAAUUAACAAUUAAAAUCAAUUAAGAGCAGGAGUGAAACACAGCCAAAUCAAAUUUAAACACAAAUAAAGCGAUGCCGGGAAGGAAAAAAAUCCACCACAAAAGCAACAAGGCUAGGCAUCAGCGGCACCAGAAGGCGGACAGGGACAAUAACAGUGAGCAGAACACGCCUGAGAAGGAGUCUGAGGAUGGGCCCAACUCUGACGCCUUCCACAUUGCACAGUCCGAGAUAUAUGGCCGCUAUCUGGUGGCUAGCCGCCAGCUGGAGGCGGGCGAGCUGCUAAUCACGGAGGAGCCACUGGCAAUCGGGCCCUGCGUGAGUGGAGAUGCGGUGUGCCUGGGCUGCUACCAGCCGGUCGGACUCGGGCGGGAACAGUACCGGUGCCCUGGGUGCGGGUGGCCGCUGUGUGGGGCCAGCUGCCCGGGCCUAGGCCGGCGCAUUGGUCACACUACUGAGGAGUGCGCUCUGUACGGAGAGCGUCGGCCGGCGGCCGCCGAGCUUCUUAACGAUCGCACUAGUCCGCCAAGAGUGAGGGACCUAUACGAGCUGGUGAUGAUCGUGCGGAUUCUGCUGCUGCGCACGCAUGCGCCAGAGCAGUACGCGAUGAUUACCCGGAUGGAGUCGCACACGGAGGAGCGGCGCAAGAACGAAAAGCUCUGGUCACACUACGAGCAGAAGGUAGUGCGGCGGCUUCGUGACGAGUGGAAGCUAGAUGAUCUUGCAGCGGAGGAGGAAGCCCAGGCUGUGCACGAGAUCUGCGGAAUCCUCGACGUCAACUGCUUCGAAAUCGGGCAGAAGGGGGCCAAGGCGCGAACGCUAUAUCCGAGCGCCUUCCUGCUCGCGCACGACUGCAGCCCGAACACUGCGCACACGGACGACCCCCGGUCCUACGCCAUCCUGUUGAGGACAUCGAGGCGCGUGCGCGAGCAGGAGGCUUUGACGCUCAGCUAUGCGUACACGCUGCAGGGUACCCUCAAGCGGCGCUCGUUUAUGUACGAGGGCAAGCUGUUCUGGUGCCGUUGCCAGCGAUGCGCCGAUCCGCAGGAGCUUGGAAGUGACUGCAGCGCGCUUGUCUGCCGAUCCUGCCUGAAGGGCACGGUCCGGGCGGUCACGCCUCUGGAGCAGACUGCCGACUGGGCCUGCGAUCGCUGCGAUCAUCGGACGAAGGCCCUCGACCUGGAGAAUCAACUGGAUCGCAUCAAUAACGAUCUGGAGGCCAUCGACGUUCACGACGUACCAGGACUUGAGAACUUUCUCUUACGCUAUCGUGAAACUCUGCGUCCGAACCAUUACCUUCUUCUGUCGGCCAAGUACUCUCUCUGCCAGAUCUACGGCCGCAUUAAGGGCUACCUGCUGCCCGAAAUGUCGCUUCAUGACAUAGUCCGCAAGGAGCGCUACUGUCGAGAGUUCCUGGCUAUCAUCGACUUGCUGGAACCAGGCCUAACGCGUCUUAGAGGACUCAUCAUGUACGAGCUACACGCUCCGGUAAUGGUUAUGGCACAGAUGGGAAUGCAGAGUGGCCAGAUCUCGCGGCAGGAGUUCCAGCGCCGCCUCAAGGAGGUAUCCAGACUGCUUCAAAACAGUCGCGACAUCCUGCUACUGGAACCAGAGGGGUCCAGCGAACACGAAAUGGGCCUGGCUGCUGCCGAUGCUAUCACCAAAAUGGGGAUCUAAGCAAACUGUCUCAAGCUGAAAUAAAUUUUGUAUAUACCCUCUAAAGUUAUUACAAAUUUGAACCGA